AUGCUUUAUGUAUUUCGUGUUGAUAUUGGUGAAACUUAUACAUUUGAAACUGAUUUAGCAUUUCAAGAUGUAAAAACAUUAAAAUCAACAAUUGAACAUGAACAUGGAAUAUUAUCAUCAAAACAAAUAUUAAUUAUAAAUGGAGGAGAAUUAUUAGAUGAUGAUGCUGUACAAGUUUGUAUGAAAACACGUGAAACAUGUGCUGGAACGGAAGAAAAUCCAAUUUAUCUUUUGGAUAAAUCACAUUUAGAACGAUCACUUCCAUUACAAAUAUCAUUAACAUCAAGUAGUAUACCAAUAUUAGAUGAUGCAACUGUUCAACAAUGGUUAUCAAUGCCAUCAACUUAUGAAACAAUUGUUCAACGAGCUGAUACAGCACAAAAUUUUAAUAAAUAUGCACAAAAAAUAAUUCAAAAUUGUGGAAAAUUUAUUCGUGAUCAACAAGCACAAUAUCAAGGAUGGAUGGCUGUUAUUGCUAAUAUUGAAGAUACACUCUCAAGUUUUUCACUUAAUCGAAAUUCAUUUAAUCGUUUAUAUCAAAAUUAUCUAUCGGAAAGACCAUCAUAUUUAGAACUUUUUCAGAGUCUUCCUCGUGCAAUCAAAAUUCUUCAUCAAUUAAAACUUCCAUAUCAAUUAAUAACUUUAAUUGAUAAUUCUGGUGGAAUUAAUUAUAAAUCAACUAUAUCAUCAUCAACAUCAUCAUCAUCGAUUAGUUCAGUAACAACAAGUACGAAUCAUUCUCCACAAAAUGAUAAUGAUACACAAACAAGAGGAGAUAUGACUUUAUUUGAAUGGAUUACUGCUCAAUUAGCCAAUAUGAAAAUUGAUGAUAUAAUCCAUGGAUGCAUAAAUUUUAUUGAUGGGUGUUCAGAUGAACUUUUAUCUUCAUUAAAUGUGGAAAUUGAUACUUUAUUUAAAAAAAUUUCAAAUCAUGAAUUAAAACAUAUGGUUGGUAUUGAAGAACGAUUUGCACUUUUACAAAAUGAAUUAACAAAUGCAAAACGUUUACAACAUGAACAAAAAGAUUGUGCCGAUUAUUUGAUAAGUCAACGACAAAGAUUUAGUUCAAAUAUUGGUAAUCAAAGAGAUUGGGCAUUAAUAAAAGAUAUAUCGGGUAUACAUGCACAAAAUCUAAUUGAAAUUAGUAAAAGACAUAAAAAAUUAAUUGAUAUUGAAAAAAAAAUUCGAAAAUCAAAACAAGAAAUUAUUGAUCAAUUACAUCGAAGAUUUAAAAAUCUUAUGCUUCUUCAACGAAAUUUAGUUGAUUAUGAUACUAAAUUAUCAGUAUAUACUCAUAAAUUAAAUCGUACAAGAAAAACUCUCGCAUUUUUACAACAACUUAAUCAAGCACCUAAUCUUUAUUAUUUAUUUUUAAAUGAAUGUAUUAGACGAAAACAAUAUUCAAACAUUUUUAAUCAAUUUUCCGAAACAAUUUAUUAUGAAACAAAGAAUAUUUAUAAUGAUGAAAUAUCUAAACGAGAACAGUUUAUUAAACAGUAUGAACCACAUUUUCUAUUUAAUUUAUUACCAGCUCUUAAAAUAUUGCCAACAUUUUUCAUUAAAGAACCAUUACCAUUAUUGGAUAUAAAUUUACCGAAUAUAACAUCAAAUGAACUUGAUCAAUUAUUUGAAGAAUUUCCUGAAAUAAGACAACAGAACAAUGAAAAUACUCCUGUUGAUUAUAUAACAAAUCUUGCUUCACUUAUUCGUUGUACUCAAAUAUUUCAUCAAGAAGAAUAUCCAACACCUACUAUACCACUUUCAGUAUUUAUUCCAUUGACAACAACAAUGAUUAAUGAAGAUAUACAAAAACAAAUUCCAUCACCAACAACUAGUAGUAGUCGAUCAACAGUUAUUCGUUCUUCAUCAACAUCGGAUGUUGAAUCACCGAAUGAAUUACUUUUAACACAAACAUUAAUAUCAGAAGAUCAAUUAAAACAAAUUAUUAAUGAAAAUAUUAUUCAAAAAAUAAAUGAAAAUCAAUCAAAUAUUGAACAAGAAGAUAAAAAUGAUGAAACACCAACAGAAAAAGAAAUACUCUCAAUAACAAAAUCUUCAUCAGAGAAUCAAUUAAAUGAAACAUCAGCUAUAAGUACAACAACAACAAAUACAACAAGUAACAAUGAAGAAGAAGAUGAUUAUGUUCAAUGUACUCUUGAAGCUGUUUAUACAUCAACUGAAAUGGCUGUUUCUCCUCCUCAUCGUCCUUGUGCAUCACAACAAACUGAUAAUGAAUAUGCACAUUCUAUACGUAAUGAUUUUAUUUCAUUAAAAAAUCAAUAUGAACAAACAAAUAAAAUACAACAUGAUUAUUUAUUAAAUUAUCAUGAAAUUAUUUUAAAAAUUAUUACAAAUCUUCAACAAUCAAAUAAUCAAUAUCAAGAACAAAUUGAACAAUUACGUUCAGAAAUAAAUAAUUAUAUUCAAGAUAAUGAAACAUUAAAAAUUCAAUAUGAUGUAAAUGAACAAAUAAAACAAGAAUUAACAUCAAAAUAUGAAAUACUUGUAAAUAAUUUUGAUGAAUUUCGUCGUACAUCUGAAAUUGAAAAAUCAGAAAUUGUUAAAGCACUUCAAUCAGAUUUUGAUUUUGAAAUUGAAAAAUCUUCUAAUGAACAAGAUAAAAAUGAAAUAUUAACAACAACAAUUGAUAUACAAACAGAUCAAUUAAUAACAUUUGAUAAACAAACAAGUAUUAUAUUAACAACUGAAAAUCAAUUAAUACAAACAAAUCAAAUUGAAUUUAAUAAUCAAUCAAUUCAAACAUCAUUAGAUGAUAAUGAUGAAAUAAUACAUCGUUUAACAACAAAAGAUCAACAAAAACAAUUUAAUUUAGCUAUACAGCGUGCUGUUGUAAAUGCAACAGAUGUACAAAAAAAACAAAUUGGAUUUUUAGAACAACAAUUAGAAGAUAAACGUUUAAAAAUUACUAAAUUAAAAGAAUGUAUUAAAAAAUUACAAAAUUUUUAUGCAUCAUCAAUAUCAUCACCAACUUUAAUACCAUCUAUAACAAAAUCUGUUAUGACAACAUCAAAUGAUGAUGAACAACAAUUAAAUAAAGAUGAAAAAAAUCAUUUAUCUGAUGAAAUAAAUAAUCGAGCAACAUUUAUUAAACGUAGUGAACCUAUUUCAAUGCCAAGUACAUUUCUUGUUCAAAGUAUGUUAGCUGCUGGAAAUGCUGCAACAUCACCAAAAACUGAACAACCAACAGUUAAUAAUAUUUUAAUGGAUACAUGUUUUAAAGCAUCUCCAGGUGAAUCAAGUAAUGCUGUAGAAUUAUAUACACCAUUUGCUGCAUCACCACCAAAUCCAAUAACAAUUCCAUUAUCAACACAAACAACUGUUCCUAUAUGUUCAGUUGUUAGUUCAUCACCAAUUGUAUCAUCAACAUCAUGUAUAUCAACAUUAACAACAAAUUCAUCACCACAAGCAGCACCAAUUGCUUUUUUUACUGUUAAUAGAUCCGAUCAUGUUAUUAUUUUUUUUGAUACAAUAUAUCAGCAAUAUAGGAUAUUUACUUAUUUACCAACACUUCAUUUUAUACAUUCAGAUUGUUAUGAAUUAUUUAAUAUACAACAAAAACAAAAUUUCAAUCAACAAAUAAAUAAUAAUACAAAUGUAAUUGAUUCAAUAUCAACUGAUAAUGGAAAAAAUUCAACAAAUAUUCCAUCACUUAUAAAUACAUCUAUGAUUAAUUCAACAUUAAUUGGAAAUAAUGGAUUAAAUCCAUCAACAACUCCAUUUCUUGGUCAAGUUACCGAUAAAGAAUAUUGUCAAGCAAAAAAACCAAAUAAUCGUUUUAAUGUACAAUUAGGUACAAAAUUCUAUCGAGUUCGUGUUAAACCAUGGAAACCAACAAUAUCUUCCUCACCAAACUAA